GGCGCAGCUAACGAAUGCUCAAAAUGUGUUCAAUUAUGGCGAACGACCAUUAAAUUUUAAUUAUAAUUUACAACUUACUUUUGAUCAUUAAAAUUUCGAUUAUUUUUUGAAGAUUUAUGGUGUUUGAAUAGUAAAGAUAACUGGUUGCGCAUGAAGCAUCUUCAUGAAGGACCGUAAAAGUUGAAAUGAUAGUUCAUACUUUUUUUUUAUUCAUUAUCUGUUGUCAAGCACACAAAAAAAAAAAUAACUGGACAUACAAUCAGUGGAAAGCCUCACACAAUGUUAAAAAAGAAAAUGCUGAAAAGAGGAGUUCAGUUGUACCAAAUUACAAAGAAAUUAAUAUAGACACUAAUAAACUAUUUCAUGAUUUUGUUAGUGCUUUUGAAGCCAAAAAUGAUCAAAGUCAAAAUAGCAAAGAAGAGUCAAGGCGAACUAAAGUUGAUAAAAAUCAAAAUAGCGAUAGCUCUGUCAGAAAUUUAGUUUAUCCUGGACCAUCUUUAUCAAGUCCAACUGCAGCAGCAUUUGAUCCUUAUUUAAUGAAACAGUCAUGGGCAAAAGAUUCAAAGGGAACUAAUCAUGCAGCAGCAGUGCCUAAAACUCAACCUGUUGCACAACAACAAGUUGCAUUUGCUCCAUCAAUUGGAGUUCCUUCUGUAUCUCCAGUAUCACCUCCUAAUGGUUUUUUUCUGCCUCCAAGUUUUCCUGCUGUUGUUCUUCCUGCUCCUCAUGCUCAAAGUAUGGUCAAUACAGUUUUUACUCCAAGUAGCCCAGAUCCUAAGACCAAUACAAUUGUUGUGGUAGCCAAAGAUGAUAAAGAACAAAAACCUGUUGUUAAAACAGGAAACCCAGUUAUUGAAAAGGUUAUUAAUAACCCUCGCAAUACACCCAUAAAAGGUGUCCCAGUUCAUGAUAAAAAAAAAAAGAAGACUACAAAUGGAAACAAAAGAGUGUAUUCUCUUGGUGAUCAUAUUUUUUCGGAUAUUGGUUGCUUUUUGGAUAAAUGGAUUCGUGCAGUGCCUACAUUAGAGGGUAACCAUCCAUUAUUGAUGGACUCUGAUUAUAAAUCAAGAUCUGAUCCUCUUCAAAAAUGUGCCGAGGCAGCAUUAGACAAAGGUUUUCAAGUUUUUGGUCUACAAAAUGGUGGUCAAUGUUUUGCAGGUAUUAAUGGGGAAACAACAUAUGAUAUGUAUGGGACAUCAAAUCAGUGUUUAGAAGAUGGUUUGGGUGGAUCUUGGGCAAUGGAGAUGUACAGAUACAACGAAGAUAUUCGCAAUAACCGCAAUAAGCCAGCUCUGUCUGAAAGUAAGUUAAACUCUAAAAAAGAUAAUGCAGAAAAAAUGCAUUUUUCAGAUAGUGAAGAUAAAGCUGAAAAGAAAGAAGAAGAUGAAUUUGAUAAGUCUCUCUUUAAAGAAGAACAGGAACUUGAUUCUGAUGAUAAUAAAAAGGUUUUUCCCACUGAACCCCUCUCUGCCCAUGGAAUUUCAUUUAAAGGAGUAUUAGGGAAACUAAUACGAAAAGCUGUUAGCGAAUCUAAAAUGAAGACAGCCAUUGAGCCAGAGGAAACAGUUGAAGAUGCAGUUCCAAAAAAAGCUGGCAAAAUUGAAAAAAACUCAGAAGAACCUAAAAGUACUCCAGAAAAGCCUGUAGAGAAAGAGAAAGAAAAAAAGAAAGUUGUAAAGGAGAGUGAAGCAAAGAAAAAAGAAACCGAUCCAAAAGAAGAAAAUGAAGAAAAAGAAAAGACAACUGAAAAAAUUGUUGACAAAGCUGCUGAUAAAAUUGCAGACAAGGCUGCUGCAAAAGCUGUUGACUCACUCAAAGCUGUUACAGAACUUUUUAAGAGUGCUAUCUCAGAAAAAGCACCUCCAGGAAAGUAUGAAAAACCAGUUGUAAAGAAUGAUACUGUGGUAAAUUUUGUAAAAGAUGAUGAACCUACCAAGAGUGAGGUUGGCCAAACACACUCUAGGUUUUUUCCUCUUGGAGCACUUGUUUCUAAAGGAUCAAAACCACCAUGCAUUUGUCCUGACAAAAUUUGCUCCUCCAAGCUUGAUCUUGCAUUUGUUAUUGAUGCUUCUGCUGGUUCAGAACAAAAUGGUAAAGAUAAAAUGGCAGAGACAAUGGAAUUUGGACGUCGUGUAGCUUCAGCUUUUAAAGUUGAUCAAGAAAAUUCUCAUCUUGGUUUGGUGACUUAUGCUACAGACGCUCAGAUUAUGCUUAAUUUUCAUCAUUUUAAUGACCCAGACACUUUAACAGAAGCUAGAGAUGCUGUUCGAGUUAAACCUCACACAGGUAAAUAUACUGGACAGGCACUUUCUUUAGCUAAAGAAGGUCUUUUUGAUAAAGGCCAUCGAUCAGAUGCUCUUGAUGUUUUAAUUCUUAUGACGGAUGGUCCAUCUAGUGAUGAUGUUACAGAACCAUCUCGAGCAUUGCGGGAUAUGGGUGUAAAAAUAAUAGCAGUUGGAAUCGGAAAUCAAAUUGAUAGAAAACAGUUGAAUGAUAUUGCUUCUGAUCCUGAUGAUGAACAUGUUUUUACAGCAGAUUAUGAUAAUCUUGGUACAAUAAUUAGAAGGACGCAAAGAGCUGCUUGUGUUGGUGGAACACUGCGAGAUCCAAUCAUGCCCUGCAUUUGUGAAGCACAAGCUGAUAUAAGAGCAGAUGUUCAAACUGCUGCAUUUUACAACAUGUACAAAUUUGCUGUUGAGCCUUCAUACAAAAAUGUGAUGGGAGUUACAAGAUACAAUAUUCCACGCCCUGCUAUUUCACACAAAAAAAAUAAGUGGCAUAGAAAGAGUGAAGUUGAAGGAAACAGGCAUCAUUUCUUGCGAACAUUACCAUUAGAUAAUCCUCAUCCACCGAUGGAGGACUCGUCCCCUAUACAUGAAUUACGUCAAAAAGAAACACCAAGCUUUUACCCUGCAAGAAGCCGUGAAGCUAUGCAAACAAUGAAAGCUUCAAAGGAUGAAGAUGGAGCUGUUACUGAAGUACAUCAUGAUCCAUUGAAAGAGGAUGCUAAUGUUGAAAGUAUUUAUGCAGAUACUAAAUAUAAUAAUAGACUUGAAACCUCUGAUAAAAAUUACCAUUCUGAAGAACAUGACCAGGAACAUCAGAAACUUCAAGGAAGAUUAGAAGGUUCUAGAGAUUAUCCCCAUGACAACACAUAUACUAAUAGCUAUAAGAAUAAAGAUAAAGAAAGUGAUGACUUUAUUUUUAACAGUAAAGAAAGAACUUCAUUUAAACAGCAAGAAGAUUCAAAUGAUCUUUCUUCAAGCAAUUCAGAUUUUUUAGGAGAAAAAAAUAAACAUUUAAAAAAUCAAAAGACUUAUGAAAAAAUUGGUUUUGAAAAUGAAGAUGGUAGUCAGUCCUAUUCCUCUGAUGACAAACAGUUGUCAAAAUCAUCAACAAAUACUAAAAAAAUUGAAAAUCAAGAGUAUCAGUCUCUCUCAGAUGCCGAGCAAGGAAAUAACCAUGGUAGUCAUCAAUCAAAUUUUGAACAAUCUAACGACAGAGAGAGGGCAAAUAAUGAAAUACAUAAUAAAAAACCAAGAAUAAAAAAUAAUUAUGAAAACAAUGAAUAUGGUAACAAGAAGUUAGAGGAGUCACAAAGUGACUAUAGUAACAAGAAGUUAGCGGAAUCACAAAGUGACUAUGGUAACAAGAAGUUAGAAGAGCCACAAGGGGAUUAUGGUAACAAAAAGUUAGAGGAAUCCCAAGGCGAGCGGUUUUUAGAGAACCAAAGAGAAAAAUAUGAUGAAAAAGAAAAUGACAAAUUAAGAACAGAAAAUGAAAAAAAUAGUGAAAAGGAAGAUAAUAGAGAUGAAAAAGAAGAAAAUGAUUUUAGAGAAACAAAAGUGAGAAAUAAAAAAAAUGAAAACCAAGUUAAUGCACAGAAAGAAAGAAAAGAAGGUUUUCAGGAAGAGGAAAAUGAACAAAAAGCAGUUAAUAAAGAAAAUUUAAAUUCAAAAUUAGUCUAUGAUGAUCCCAGAGGAAGUUUGCAAUUUCAUAAAGAAAACUCGAAAGAAAUUUCUGAGGACACGCAAGUAUCAGUGCACCCAAAACUGAGAUAUUCUUUAUACAGUGAUUCUAAAACUGAUGAAUUUGAUAAAGACAGAAAUACUGUCGAAAAAGGUCAUUAUGUGACAACAACUCAAAAACAAAAGUCGCUUGACUCUGGUGAUGAAGAUUCGCAUGAAUCGCAUGAAAGAUUAAAGUUUCCAAAGGUUAAAUUGAAUGCAGAAAAAGUUUCUUUAGGAAAGCAACUCUCAGGUGUAGAUGAGCAACCGUCAACAGAGGUAUUUAACCAGGCUUUUUCAGAUUCUAAAAAAGAAUUUUUGAAAGAAGAUAAAGGGGAACAAGGGAUUUCAGAAAGUUUUUCAAAAGAAAAAGAAGGGAAUGAUCACAAAACUUUGCCCCAUAGUUUAUCUGCUCAAGCAGGAAAUAGUCUUGCCGCUGAUUCAAGAAGUGAAAAAAUAAUUGAUAAAGGCCUGGUAACUGGUCAAGUGUUAGGAAAAUUUGAAGAUAAUUUAAAGCAAUUAAAGGUAUUACAUAUUCCUGAUGAAAAAUUAGCUCAUUUUCAAGCUGAUCCAAUUGAACCAGUAAAUAAGUUACAUCAUGCCUUUACUGCUGAAGAGUCACUUCAACUUCGUCUUGAUGAAGAAAAAGAAAAAGUACAUGAAGAUAUAUCACAUUUUGAUGAUCAUCAAGAUGAAAUAGCAAGUAUUGUUAACCAACAUUUAACAAAAGAAGACCAGGAACAGUUGCAUGCAAUACAAGCAACUCUUAUGAAUGCUGAUAACCAACUUCUUGAUUCAACCAAACAACAUCAAAGUUUAGAUCAUACUUUUAGACCAGAACAUUCUAUGGAUUCUCUCCAGCUAGGAAUCAACUUAGGUAACUAUGUUCAUGGAAAUUCAGAUGGUUCAUUGCAACAAAUACCACUCUUAGAUACUUCUCUAACCAAAGAAGAUAAUUCUCUAGCUAAAGAAGAUGCUUCUCAAAUAGUAAAAUACAAAGGUUAUUCAAAUGUUGUUUCUGAAGGUAUUUUAAAGCCUAAAGAGUUUAAUAAACCCCAAAAAAUAGAUAAAAAGAAAGGUAUGGGAGAGAACAAAUCAGAACAAAAAGGGAAAUUAUCUGGGGAAGAGACUUCAAAAGAUACACAUGGUAGUUUAAAGGAGAAUCCAAAAGGUGGUAAGCUACAACGAAACAUGCUUAUAAGUGAUGAUGUACAAACUCACCCAGAAAGAUCAUCAUUUCAAAUUAUAUCAAAGGCUAUGCAAACAAUUGCUGACAAAGAAUUGCCAUCUGUUCUAGAUGAUACUCCAGUGCUUCAUGACAGCAAGAUUGAUUACUUAAAGGGAGGAAAGGAAAAUUUGAACAACAAUCAUGAAGGCCUUGGUAAUGAAGUCAAUGCCAAACUUGAUGAGACACCUAUUACACUGAAAUCUGAUAAAUUAACUUCAAAGGAAAAAGAAAAUAAUAGAAAUGAGCAUUUCGAGCUGGAAGAAGAUAUUCAUCAUUAUGAGAAUAAUAAACAGGAAAAAAAAGGUGAUGAUGAAAGUACUGCAAAUGAGACUGGAAAUAAAAAUAUCAUAAAGGAGACUGGAAAUGAAAAUAUGGCAAAGGAUAUUGGAAAUGAAGCUGAAAAUAUGGGGAAGAAAAUAAAAAAUUCAAACAAGAACAAAAAUAAAGUUAGCGACCAAGUAAGCGACCAAGAUUUAAACAAAAAUCAGAAUGAAGCUUUUGAGGCAACUAAGGAUUAUCAACACUCUAGUAAUAAAAAAGAUUAUUCCAAAGAAUAUAAAGAAGAUUACCAAUCCUUUAACGAUAAUAAAGAAGGAAAAGUAAAGGAAGAAUUAAAAGGUGCAAAUGAAGAAAACAAAGCUACUCAUAGUAUAAGAAAAGUUGAAAAAGAAACUGAGAAAAUUGAUCAAGACAAAUCAAGAGAAGAAAAAAAUUAUGAAGAAAAGAAAUUUAAGGAAGAAGAAGACAUGAACAAAAUGCAGGAAGGUGAGCAGCGUUAUGAUCCAAUACAAAACAAAAAAUCUAAAGAUUAUGAAGACAAUCGCACAGUUAAAGAUAAUAACAAAGAAGAGUUUGAUAGUAAAGACAAUAAAGACGAAAAUUAUUCUGAAGUAAAAGUAAAAAAUAAAGGUGCAACCUAUGAAGAGAAAGAUGAAGCAAAGCUUGGUAGCAAUAAUCAUGAAGAUAACCAAGAAAAAGAUGUUAAAGCUUCAUAUCUUAAAGAAAAGCAAAAUAAAUUUCAAAAUGAAAAAAGUGGGAAGUCUUACAAGUUUGAUUCUUCUAAGGAAACCCUAAAAAGUGAAAAUGAACAUGAUGAAAAUAGUACAGAGACUUUUGAGAAAGAAAGUUUUGAUGAAAGAAACGAUAAAAAAUUUGAUUUUUCUAAAUCAAAAAAGAUUCAAAAUAAGGAAAGUGAAACUAAAGAGAAUUCAAACAAAAAUAAUGAAGAAGAUAAAACUAUUUUUCAACAAAUAAAACCAAAGGAUCAAGAUUCAGACUCUAAAACUUCAGAUAAUCUGAAAACAAACGAGAAUGAGCAAGAAGAAAAUAAAGACCGUUUAAAAAGUUCAAGAAAUGUUGAGAGCUUACAUGAGGACUCUAUGGCUCCUCUGUAUGAAGUUGAAACCAAAAAUGAUAAAAACUUUUAUCAUGGAAAUGACGAAGCAUCUAUGUUUCAAAAACGACUUGAAGAAGCUCAAAAAUUUGAUUCCAUAAAGAGUCAAGGUACAAUAGAAUCUGAAAAAAUAUCUGGUGCCGAAAGGAAGUUAAGUAAAGAAGAUGUUCUCAAAUCGGGUAACAUAUUGAGAUUUGAACAAAAUUCAAAAACAAGUAAUGAUGAAAUUGUGUUAAAUGAAGGGAGAAGAAAAACUGAAGCUUUAGACUCUGACCAUGAAUUAAGGCGCUCUGAGGGGGUUGUUGAUCUUUUAGAUGACCACUCAAAAGAGCUGUAUUUUCAUAAAUCUAAAUAUGUGGAUGAUAAAAGACCUAAUUCUGAUGAAGAUAUUAAAAAAUUUGAAGAUAAUGGUAAAAGUUUAGCUAAAAAAGAUGUUGAAGAUAAAAAUAUUGAGGUAGCUCCAGAAGAUUUCAAACAACAUGAAGAAAGUUCAUUCAAAAGCGCAGAUAUAAUUCAGACAGGACCAUCAAAGAUUCAUCAAGAGAGUUCUUCACACCAAUCAAAAGAUAAUACAGAGGCAAAUGCAUCACGUCGUUUCAUAGCAACUCAUGAAACUUUGCAUGAAAGAAAAGGUGAUAUACGAGAUAUAUCAAUGAAAGGUGAUAUACGAGAUGUAUCAAUGGAUAAUAAGCUUAUAGACAUGGAAACUCGUAAAGAUGACCUAGCAACUGAGACAAAUGAUCGUGAAACAACUGUUGCUCAAGUUACAUCAAAUAAUAAUGUAAAUAGUGAUUCAAAUAGAGACUUGGAUACCAAUGCAAUGAAAAAAGAUUUUACAAAUCAAGGAAUUUUAGCUACUGAUAUGUUUAUGGACUCCUCUCAUUUCUGGCCAUUGGUGAAAAGUGAUAAAAUUCUGACACCUGAUAUUGUAACAGGUCAUAAUGGUAUUCUCAUGGAUGGUGCAGUAAUUGAAAAAAGUGAUGACUUUUCAGAAAUAUUAUCAACUGAAAAAAAAGGUUCAUAUGUCAUCCUUGGUGACUUUAAAGACACAUGCUUUACCAAUCCUGACUCUUGUAUUAUGGGUGGUAUGACUAUUUCUUUUUGGGUGAAGCUGAACCAAUCAAAUAUUAAUGGAAAUCAAGAUGCCUAUAUUAUAAGUGGCGGAGGUCAAUCAAAGAAGUCACGUGGGUUUGCAUUUCUGUAUUUCCAUGGAAACUUUGUUGCAUGUUUAAGUACAGCACACAAACAGUGGAAAAUCAUUAUGCCAAGCUUUCCAGAUAAUGAGUGGGUUAAUGCCGCUUUUGUCUGGAACCGAAAUGAAACACUUCUAUACUAUCUUAAUGGAAAGUUAAUUAAGACAGUUGAUGGUACUGUUGCAAAUAGACCAUAUGUAAACUACACAAUUUUAACAAUAAGUCGUCCUAACAAUGCUAUUGAUCAGGAGUUUAUGUAUCCUCUUAAAAUGAGUGCUCUUGCAUUAUGGGAUAGACCUCUAAAAGACUUUCAACUCCAAAAGUGCUAUGAGAAUAUAAAAUCGGUGCAUCAACCUAAAGUUGAAAAUCGGGAAAAACAAAUAGCUCCUAAUAAACGAAUGUCAAUUGCUAAAAAAAGAAAUACUUUGGCACGAAAGAAAAACAAACGACAAAACGUAUGAAAUAUGCACGUAAAUAACAACGCGUUAACGAAGUUGCGCAAAAAUAUACUAGAGAAAAUACGAAGAGAGAUUAGCUAGUUAAUGUAAUCUCGAGGCCAUUUCUAAAGCCCUUUUUCGGAACAGUUGCAUUUUGCAUAACCGUUAUAUUUGGCACAGAAAACGUUUUUGUUUCCCUUAAUAUGGCUUUCAUUAGAAUUGAACCCACAGUGAAAAAAUUUGUGGAAAAUAUUGCGAAUAUGACGUGUGUAAACAAUCGAAGGCUCAAAGAACAUUUAAAGUCUUUUAAAGGCAUCAGCUGGACGAUCUAUUUUGAAGACGUUUUCUUCCUGUUGAUGUUUCGUUAUCAAUGAUUUUUUAAUUAGUUUUUUAGAUAUAACGAUGUUUAUGACCUUUUAAUAUAUAUGUUAAGUUUUAAUAUAUAUGUUAAGUUUUAAUUUAUAUGUUAAGUUUUAAUUUAUAUGUUAAGUUUUUAAUAUAUAUGUUAAGUUUUAAUAUAUAUGUUAAGUUUUAGCCUUAACAAUUAGUAUAUGGAUAUAUUUAAUAUAUUUAAGUAUAACAGAA